AUGGUGAUUUUUCUUUCAAAGUUUCGGAGAAUAGUAACCACCUAUAGAAGAAGUCUCCAUCCCAUUAGACAUGGAAUAUUAUUCAGUUGUAAUAUCCAUUCACUGGUAGAAAUCACCUCAAGAAAGAUCAUCAAACCAUCAUCUCCAACUCCUCAUCACAACAGAUUUCUCAAGCUCUCUCUUCUGGACCAACUUAUUCCUUCUACUUUAACUGCAACUAUCAUAUGGUUAUACAAAAACCCCAACGGUUCUAAUUUUGCUGCCGAAACUUCAGAGACAAAAUCUGAACGGUUGCAAGAGUCUUUAUCAAAAGCUUUAGUUCACUUCUAUCCACUGGCUGGCCGGCUCAAAAGCCCUGCAUUGGUGGAGUGCAACGAUGAAGGGGCUCAUUUUCUUGAAGCCCGGGUUAACUGCCAGCUUUCAGACUUUCUCAAACAACCUGAUAUCAAAUUACUCACCAACUUUAUCCCCGAUAAUGAUCCUAAAAUCGCCCAAGAAGCCUUGGGAUCUGUACUUUUGUUUAUUCAAAUCAGCGUUUUCAACUGUGGAGGAAUUGUUGUUGCUGCAUCACCUUCACACAAGCUUGCAGAUGGAACAUCACUCCACACAUUCAUGCGAACAUGGGCAGCGAUAAAUUGCGAAGAUAGAGUGCUCGGAGCUCAAUUGGUGCCACCGGAGUUUACUGGAGGGUCUUUGUUGCCUCCUAGAGAGUUGUCCUUGCCAUCCAUCAACGCCAGCAUGGAAAUCCAAAGUUUAACUACAAGAAGGCUUGUAUUCGAUAUUUCGAAGAUAGCCAGCCUCAAGUCUAAUAAUGGGGGUGUAGUCCAGACCUUCAUCCCAUCAAACAUAAAUCUAGUUUUGGCUAUCAUAUUGAAAUGUUCUAUUGCAGCUUCCCGUCAUUUCAAGCCUGAGAGUUGGAUGAGACCAAUGGUGCUGACCCAGAUGAUAAGCUUGCGAAGAAGUAUUGUCCCGGAGAUACUGGAAAAUGUCAUGGGGAAUUGGUUUUGGUCACAUCCAUUGUUAUUCAAAGAAAAUGAGACCGAACUACCCGAGUUAGUGAGCAAAAUCAUGCAAGGAUUGACAGACUUUCGGGCCAAGAAGGCCAACAGAUUUAAAGGCGAGGAGGGAUUCUUGGUGGUAUCUGAGUCUCAGAGAGAAAGGGCGGAUCUUUAUAAGAGAAAUAAGGGCUUAUAUGGAUUUUGGGCCACGAGUCUGUGCAAGCUUCCUCUGUAUGAAAUCGAUUUUGGUUGGGGGAAACCUGCGUGGGUCACCAGCCCAGGUGUCAGAAAGAACCUAAUUCUGUUGGCUGACACAAAACAGCACGAUGGUAUCGAAGCGUGGGUGACCUUGGAUGAACAAGAAAUGGCCAUAUUUGAAUCUAAUCCGGAGCUUCUUGCAUUUGGUUCCGUGAACCCCAGCAUUUCCCUUGGUUAA